AUGGCCGGGGCCAUCGCUUCCCGAAUGAGCUUCAGCUCGCUCAAGAGGAAGCAGCCUAAGACAUUCACCGUGCGGAUCGUCACCAUGGACGCGGAGAUGGAGUUCAAUUGCGAGAUGAAGUGGAAGGGGAAGGACCUGUUUGACUUGGUAUGCCGGACCCUGGGGCUUCGCGAAACCUGGUUCUUUGGUCUGCAGUACACAAUCAAGGACACGGUGGCCUGGCUCAAGAUGGACAAGAAGGUGCUGGAUCAUGACGUCUCAAAGGAAGAGCCGGUCACCUUUCACUUCCUGGCCAAAUUUUAUCCCGAGAAUGCCGAGGAAGAGCUGGUUCAGGAGAUCACGCAGCACUUAUUCUUCCUGCAGGUUAAGAAGCAGAUCUUGGAUGAAAAGAUCUACUGCCCUCCUGAGGCAUCUGUGCUCCUGGCUUCUUAUGCCGUCCAGGCCAAGUACGGCGACUACGACCCCUCUGUUCACAAGCGGGGAUUUCUGGCCCAAGAGGAAUUGCUUCCAAAAAGGGUGAUAAAUCUGUAUCAGAUGACUCCGGAAAUGUGGGAGGAGAGGAUCACAGCCUGGUACGCAGAGCACCGAGGCCGGGCCAGGGACGAAGCGGAGAUGGAGUAUUUAAAGAUAGCUCAGGACCUGGAGAUGUACGGUGUGAACUACUUCACAAUCCGGAAUAAAAAGGGCACAGAGCUGCUGCUUGGAGUGGAUGCUUUGGGGCUUCACAUUUAUGACCCUGAGAACAGGCUGACCCCCAAGAUCUCCUUCCCGUGGAACGAAAUCCGGAACAUCUCCUAUAGCGACAAGGAGUUUACCAUUAAGCCUUUGGAUAAGAAAAUCGAUGUCUUCAAAUUUAACUCCUCAAAACUUCGUGUCAAUAAGUUGAUUCUCCAGCUGUGUAUUGGGAAUCACGACCUGUUUAUGAGGAGAAGGAAGGCCGAUUCUUUGGAAGUCCAGCAGAUGAAAGCCCAGGCCAGGGAGGAGAAGGCCAGAAAGCAGAUGGAGCGGCAGCGCCUCGCGCGGGAGAAGCAGAUGCGGGAGGAGGCUGAACGCACACGGGACGAGCUGGAGAGGCGGCUGCUGCAGAUGAAGGAAGAGGCAACGAUGGCCAACGAAGCCCUGAUGCGGUCCGAGGAGACGGCCGACCUGUUGGCUGAAAAGGCCCAGAUCACGGAGGAGGAGGCGAAGCUCCUGGCCCAGAAGGCGGCAGAGGCCGAGCAGGAGAUGCAGCGCGUCAAGGCCACGGCCAUCCGGACGGAGGAGGAGAAGCGCCUGAUGGAGCAGAAGGUGCUAGAGGCCGAGGUGCUGGCGCUGAAGAUGGCCGAGGAGUCGGAGAGGAGGGCCAAGGAGGCCGAUCAGCUGAAGCAGGACCUGCAGGAGGCUCGCGAGGCAGAGCGAAGAGCCAAGCAGAGGCUGCUGGAAAUCACCACCAAGCCCACGUACCCGCCCAUGAACCCACUCCCACCACCGCUGCCCCCCGACAUGGCAAGCUUCAACCUCAUCGGCGACAGCCUGUCUUUUGACUUCAAGGACACCGACAUGAAGCGCCUUUCCAUGGAGAUAGAGAAAGAGAAAGUGGAGUACAUGGAGAAGAGCAAGCACCUGCAGGAGCAGCUCAACGAGCUCAAGACCGAGAUUGAGGCCCUGAGACUCAAGGAGCGGGAGACGGCCCUGGACGUGCUGCACAACGAGGACGCCGACCGGGGCGGCGGCGGCAGCAAACAGAACACCAUCAAAAAGCUCACCCUGCAGAGUGCCAAGUCCCGAGUGGCCUUCUUUGAAGAGCUCUAG